AUGUGCUGCCAUCUCACUGUCUGUCCCGUGCACCAGGACCUGAGCAGCAAGGAGCAGGAGAAGGUGGCAGAGGUGAACAGGGUACGCGUGGAGCUGCAGGAGCAGGUUGGGCGCCUGCAGGCCGAGCAGACAGCUCAGGAAGGGCUGCGGGAGAAGAUUGCAGCCCUAGAGCGGCAGAUGAAAGUGCUGUCCAGCAACCACCGCGAGGCCCUGCUGGACAAGGAGGGGGAGAUGGCCGCUCUGCUGGAGAGGCUGCGGACCAAGGAAGCAGAGAUCUCCCGGAUGAGGGAGGAGGAGGCACAGCGCGCCAGCUUCCUUCAGAACGCCAUUCUGGCCUAUGUGCAGGGGUCCCCGCUGGGCACCCUCAGCCCCAGGAAGUUCGAUAAUUACUCCGCCAACGUGAUGGUGGACGGGAAGCCGGUGAACCUGGGGCUCUGGGACACGGCCGGGCAGGAGGACUACGACCGGCUGCGGCCCCUCUCCUACCCCCAGACCGACGUGUUCUUGAUCUGCUUCUCCCUGGUGAGCCCGGCCUCCUUCGAGAACGUCCGCGCCAAGUGGUACCCAGAGGUCCGGCACCACUGCCCCAACACGCCCAUCAUCCUGGUGGGCACCAAGCUGGACUUGCGGGAUGACAAGGACACCAUCGAGCGGCUGCGGGAUAAGAAGCUGGCCCCCAUCACCUACCCUCAGGGCUUGGCCAUGGCGCGGGAGAUCGGGUCCGUGAAGUACCUGGAGUGCUCGGCCCUGACGCAGCGGGGCCUGAAGACGGUGUUCGACGAGGCCAUUCGUGCCGUGCUCUGCCCGCCGCCCGUCAAGAAGCCCGGCAAGAAGUGCACGGUGUUCUGAGGGCGCGGCGCGGGCUAGCCUGGCCCAGCCGCGGGGGCUGCGAUGUGCGGGGCCCUUCAUCAUGUACGAAGUCAGUGUUUUUUAAUGUCUCUUGAGUUAACGUCAGUGUUGAUGUGAAGGGGCAGUGGGGGCGGGAAGUGAGCAGGGGGGCGGCGCAGCCCCUGGCAGGCGGGCAGGGCAGGGCAGGGCAGCUCCCUGGGCCGCGGGGCUCUCUGACUCCAUGCCCGGGAGGGGCUGAGACACCUGCUCCCCAGGAGAAGCACCACCUGGGGAGCAGGGCUUCUUCCCCCAGCCCGCUGUGGCUGGUCCUGGCCAGGCUGGUGCAAGAGCUGAGAUGUGCCAACCACGGUGGUGGGAACCCAGCGACGGCCCUGGGCAGGGCGAGGACAGAUGGGAGCCCAGAGGCUGGAGAACGAGCUAUGAGGUGCUUUAUUGGGUGCUACACGCUAGCGGGACUAAGCGAAACAGCCCCGCACCAUCCACCGGGCACGGGCGCCACAGGGUGCUCCACAAGGCCUGCCUCCCACGCCCACCCGGUCUCUGCAGGGCAGGGCUGAGGUUGGAGCCUCUGUCUUUCCUAUCCAAAGCCCAGUGGGAGGCAGUGAGUCUGGGAGCAUCUCCCCAUCCCCGCGGCGGAGGGUGUGGGGCGCAGUGGGGUGGGGGGGCGAGCGGACGGGUCCCAUUUCUGAUCAUCAUGUAGAGUGACAAGACGACGCCUUAUUUGGUACAAUAAACAUUCUCCAUGGAGGAGUGCGGCUGCUUCGUUCCCACGUGCGGGGAGAGGCCAGAUGUGGCAUCAGCCUGCAGGUCCCUGCCCUGCUGGUGCCCACCCCAUCUCUCCUGAGGCUCAGGGGUCGCCAUCGCUCGUGCUACUACGCUGUGAAAGCUGGGGGUGGGGGCAGGGGCCUGGCCCAGGGGUGCCAGCAGCACCUGGCCUAAGAGGCGAGGAACCCCCCGUCCACGGGCAGGAGGGCGCCUGUAGUCAUGGUGCUCUGG